GAAAAGGAAUCAUCGGAAAAAAGGUGGUGGGCGUAGGAUCCAAGACGCCCAAUAUAUUCGAAUCAGAACUGUGCCGAGUGACCACAACCACGAAAUCACCAAGAUACGUAAGCUAGUUUUAACGAGAAGUUCUGGUUUCCAGGCCCUGACAGCGAGAAGGGAGAAUCCUUGCAAGGCAACCAUGGCGGCAAAAGUCACUUUCACAAAUCUGAAUCAGAAGUCUCAGUCCUUCAAGGUGAAUCUGUUCGGACCUGAGAAGAACCGCGUCAAAGUAAACAACGUUCUUGCAGUCUUCAAGGCCUCUGUGGCUAUAAUGGGGGACGGCAGUAUCAUGGAAGCCGAUGACGACGGGUUAAGUAUGGAUACCUUUGUUGCUGGGGGCACCUAUGCACUCUCUCUUGUGCCUCAAGAUUCACAAUCCCUUUCCUUACCAGGAACAUCAGGAGAAUCACCUGUGAUGAAUCCAAUGCAGAACUGGGAGACAAAUUGUAGAGAGGUGCGACCAGCUGCAAAUUUGAACAUUGACGCAGCAAAGGAGAAGUCUCUGCCUAAAGGUUUGAAAGCAGACUUUCGAGUUGUUCCUCUGAUGGUGUCUGGUCAAGGAGAUCUGGAAACGGUGGAGCAUGCAUCCUCUCAUGUUGAUAACACGGAGGGGCCUCAGCAUAACCCAGUGCAUCAACCUCAACCUCAACCUCAACCUCAUGAAGAACAUCAAUCUCAUGAAGUUGGUGAUCUUGUAGGAUUUCUCCAAAGCUCAUCAGGGCCAGGUUUGCAAUUGUCCAAAGAUGAUGGAAGCCCUCUCGUCGGUGAAAGUGAAGAAGAUAUUGCUGGAAGUACUCCUUGUAUAGAUAAUGGGAAGGCAUCGAGAGGACAUACUAGAUGCGUAAAAUGUGGCCAUAGCAAAAACCCUUCUGCUAAGCUUCAAUGCACCCACUGUGGUGCCUACUUGCGAGACCAGACCAAAGCCCGAGUUGCUCAACGUUGGGCCAUGCUCAAGGAAAAGGCGAAGCGAGAGGGGCGACUGGGAGAUAAGGCAUGGCAAAGGAGAAAGAAGUACGCAUUCGACAAGCUCACAGAUCUUACACUACUGGACCUUGAGAACACAUACUUUGCGUUGUUUAUGUCCCGUCGAAAUCGGGAAGGUGACAAGUUCUCAUAUGAUGGAUGGUAUUCAGAAGGUGCCGGCAAAGAGUUUGUUACAACUGGAGAUGUUGAGGCAAUCUGGAAGAGCUUUGUCAAAAAGCACCACAAGCGAAAGCUAUGUCCAAUACAAGAAUAUGAUGUAGCUGGGGAGCUUGAGGCAGGUCCAGUCUAGAUUGAAGGUGAUGUAUCAUUGUGUUUUCUCUUACCUCAUUGUGUAGGUCUGAGUCCUUCUGUAAGUAUCCAGCAGUUCCCUUUGAAAGGCAUUGGGAUAAUGCCUUCUGCAGUGUAUACCUCGUCACAAAUUGGUAUUGGUCCUGGCUUUGAAAUGCGGUAGCUAUUUUUUGAGGGGACUUGCUUUUCCCUUUUAGACGAGGUUUUAUCCACGACCAGUCAGUUCUGAUCGUUAGUGCUUUCUGCACCAGGACCAGCUACUGAUAUUUAUGUACCAUGGUGGGGUGCUCACAGUGUUCUAUUUUACACUACAGAAGCAAGCUCUUUGUUGUCCUUGAUUCUAUACUUGAGAAUUGAUGGGGUGUACGUCUUUAGCCUUGUACCCCUCACUGUUCAUAAAGAUGAUGUUCACAAUAGUAUCAUCUCACGCGGUUGAAGCAGUUGAACUGGUAUUGUUCAAUUCAGUAUUUCAUGUUUCAUAGCAUUUGCUCCAGGGACUUAGAAAUAUUCGUGGUUAGUUUUUAGUUCCAAGUUUCUGAGGUAGAUCCCGGCGUCAGCAUUACAAAUAUAUUAUUUGGAGGCAUUAGUACGGAGGCUGGUAACCAGUGGAAGUUGACAUGGAAAUAGUAGAUAAAGGCCACAGAAAGCGGUUGGAGUGGUGGAGUGGUGGAGCUAUGGAUCCUGAAUACUACCCAAUGUAGGAUAUCGUGGAAUGAAAAAUGAGAACUGCAAUAUCAUGCGACAGGAAUCUAUUUGAAACAUCAAAAUGAUGCACUCAUGCGUUCCAUCGAAAUAUAAGACAUGUUUUUCAA